CGGGAGGGUCACAGUCGCGGGUGGGAGGCUGGCGAGAGAAGAUGCUGCUCUUCGUGGAGGGUAUGGUACUAAAGCCACUCCUUGAUGCUAGAGAGACUCCAGAAGGCUAAACUCUGGAAAUUCUGCUUCAUUAUUCUCUGGCCUCUGCUCCUCUGUGGCAAGAUGCAGGUAACAUCGAAAGGGGCCAGCUUAAAUCCUAAUGCAAAAGUAUGGCAGGAAGGCAUGCAGGGAAACUCAGAAGUUGCCCCGGGAACUAAUAGCACUGAGCAUUCAUGGCAAGAGGCAGCAGCUGUGCCAGGAAGUUGUACAGAGGGUAAUACUGAAGUUGCAGACGAUGGUUCUAAGCAGUAUGAAGCAAUGUAUUCAUCUUGUGAACCAUCAAACAGUUCCAAUGUUGAGGAAUCCGUAGCUAAUGGAAUGGUCUUGGCACCAGAGGAUCUUGGCUACCAACUCUAUGAAGUUCCUGGUGAAGGCAGCCCUAUAAUUUCUCCAGAAGACCUGAAAGAAUGUUUGAAGAAACAACUAGAGUUCUGCUUCUCACGUGAGAAUCUAUCCAAGGAUCUUUACUUGAUGUCUCAAAUGGACAGUGAUCAAUUUAUUCCAAUAUGGACAAUCGCCAACAUGGAAGGAAUUAAGAAACUGACAACCAAUGUGAAUCUUAUUGUGGAAGUACUGAGAUCUUCUCCUAUGGUCCAAGUAGAUGAACGAGGAGAAAAAGUUAGGCCAAACCACAAAAGAUGCAUAGUGAUUCUCCGUGAGAUUCCUGAAACAACACCCAUAGAGGAAGUGAAGGCACUGUUUAAAAAUGAAAGCUGCCCCAAAGUGAUAAGUUGUGAGUUUGCUCAUAACAACAGCUGGUACAUUACAUUCCAGUCAGAUACUGAUGCACAGCAGGCAUUUAAAUACUUACGUGAAGAAGUUAAAACCUUUCAGGGCAAGCCAAUAAUGGCCAGGAUAAAAGCCAUCAACACAUUUUUUGCAAAGAAUGGUUACCGGGUACUGGAUUCCAGUGUUUAUGCUCAGCCUGUUCAAACGCAAGCACAGUUUGCCUCACCAGUGUUUGUGCAGCCUGUAUAUAGUCCUCAGCAGUACUCCAUCUACAGCAUUGUGCCUCAGUCGUGGUCUCCAAACCCUGCACCUUACUUUGAAACACCUUUGGCUCCCUUUCCUAAUGGUGCAUUUGUGAAUGGCUUCAGUUCGCCAGGAUCAUAUAAGGCAAAUGCUGCUGCUUUGAGUAUAGGACGUCCAUUCCAUAGAAACCGCAUGAAGCCUCCUUUUCGGUUGUCAAGUAGCUCUGAACACGCUGCAGAAGCAACAUCUGCUGUCAGUGUGGUGUCAGGGGAUGGACAGCUGCACAGAACCACCUCAAGGAACUUUCAGACAGAACGGCAAGCAAAUACACUAUCGGGACUUCAAGAGCAAAGCUAUUUAUCGAAGGAUUCUCCCAUCUCUCAGAUAGAGCAAAAUGGAGACUAUGGCAGAGGCAGGAGGACUGUUUUCAGAGGUCGGAGGAGACGAGACGAUGACAGACUUUCACGACCCCAGCCUUCAAUUGAAACCAAGACUUUGACACCAAAGUUUGACUUGCUAGCCUCAAAUUUCCCUCCCUUGCCUGGUAGCAUGGUAAAAACUCAAGAGGACCCAGUUUUGGAGAGUAGGAUGUCAGUUAUUGUUAAAGGAAUAAGCAAAGAAAAGGAAAACAAAGAGUUGACCAAUAGUUGUCCAGCAUCUACUCAGGAAGAGCAGGGCCAAAACCCUGUUCAACCUGCCAUGAGCGCCAGUUCUCUUUGUAGGAUUGAUGUUCCUGGAUUAAGUGCCACUCAUCCAGAUAACAAGCUAGAAGUCCAUUUGCAGAAAGAGGCUGCAAGCCAGACUUCUCCACCCUCAUCUGUAUCUCCCAUCAGUGCGGUAAAGCCACCCAGGACAAAUGCCACUUUAUCCAUAACCAAUGCAAACACAAUGCCUACUGUGACAGUACAGGAACCCCGCAAGCUCAGUUAUGCUGAAGUCUGCCAGAAACCCCCAAAAGAGCCAGCUCCUGUUCCUGUUCAGCCACUUAGGGAGCUGCGUACCAAUGUUGCUUCCCCUGCCAAAGCAGAAGAUAAUGGCACCCAUGAAAAGGCAGGAGAGAAGGCCUGUGAAAAACCUGAAGGGCGGGUGAAAGACUUUGCUGUCUUCAGAGGCACUGGGCCUCCAAAGGGAGCUGCAGGAAAAAUCAGGGAACAGAGACGUCAGUGUGGACGUAGGUCUUCUCCUCAGGGAGCACCUCGGCGUGUCGGCAAGGAACAAUAUGUGCCACCACGAUCACCAAAGGAAAACUGAUCAAACUUUUUAUUUAAUCAGAACUAUGGACUAAAGAGCAAUGGAGGCAAAACUGGUCAGCUGUG